AUGGCCAUAACUAUGGACCCCAAGCCAAAUAAAUUGGGAGAAAAUGUCAUCCUUAAGUUCAAAAACCUUAAGGUAACAUUAAAAUUAGUAGUAACGCGUUAUUAUGAUUCAUUCUGACAAGAUAAAAUCCAUUUUCAGGUCUUGACAGCAGAGAAGCGUUGUAUGUUUUGGAGUGGCCGCAUCGAAAGGUAAAAAUAAAACUGCAAUAUAUUAUUGUUCAGUUUUUAUUCCUUCUUAAAUUGAUUUAAGUAUGAAGGAGAAUGAAUGAACUUUCUUAGUAAGAUUUUCCCUGGAGGCCAACAUGUUGGCGUUUUUAGAGAGAGGAAGUCUGACUGAAAUGUUCUCGCAGCUAAGACUACAAUGAAGGAAAAACUUAGCGCAAAAUUGUCAAACAUCGCCUCUUCCAAAACGAUGAACAAUUUUGUGCGCUUUGUCGACCUACUUUUUUUCAGGUCAGAAGGCUUUUCAGAGGAAGGAUGCCAUGUAGUUACAUCAAAAAGCAACUCAGAAGAAACAGUUUGCAGCUGCAAUCAUUUGACGCAUUUCGCCGUCUUAAUGGACUACGACGGUAGCACAAAGGUAAUCAAAUAAUUUUUGCCUUACUCUAUAAUUUUAUGAGCUCAAUUAAAUAUCUCAAUGUUUUCCUUUAAAUUUUUUUUUCUUUUUUGACACAGCUCACCGAGGAGGACGAAACAGUUCUGAAAGUUAUCACCUACGUGGGACUGGGCCUCUCCAUCGUCGGGAUACUUUUAACAUUAAUACUCUAUUCUUGCCUCACGUAAGUAAUGUACCUGAAUAUUAGUGACGUAGAUUCUUAACUCCCCUCAAGGAGGCUAGAGCGAAAAGAGAUCUCAAUGCAAAUCUCCAUGCCAAUAAGAACAUGCAUGUCAACCAGCCAGAUAACUAAGAAAUUCAAAGUCGAUUUCAUGCCCCAUCAAGAGCGCUUGAAAAGCUCAUGGUUUCACGUUUUAUAAAUUGUUUUGGGUUAAGCUAUUAUCCUCGUAAUGCUUUCCUUUUUUUUGUCCUUUCUAGAGCUAUUUACUGUUUUUUUUCUUUCCUUUGAUGUCAAGAUUUAGUUGAUAUCUUUAGCCAUAUUUUGCUGUAUCUUUUGAUUCAAUUUUGUUGUUCUGAUGUACUCAGUGUGUGUUGAUGUUAUUGUUCUUGUUUCCUUUGUCUAAUUCACUGUUUUUUUACUAUUUUUUCAUCAGAGAUGUUCGUCAACCUCUCUCUCAAAUUCGACUGAGUGUUUCUAUGUCCCUUGGAGCUGGACAGAUCAUCUUCAUCGCCGGAAUAAACGCCACAGAAAACAAAGUUAGUGGGCUCUCUUUCUAUCCAUAGAAGGAAUUUACUCUUUGCACCGUAAAUAUCUUGUCGAAAGGAGCACGAUAACAAUACGAAAACUUUUUCUUUUGACAGGCUGCCUGUGUUACAAUAGCAGCUCUGAUGCAGUAUUUCUUCAUGGCCGCUUUCUGUUGGAUGCUGAUCGAGGCAAUUUAUCUCUACUUCUUCGUUGUGAAAGUUUACAACAUCAACACCAAGAUGCACAUGUAUCACGUCAUCUCAUGGGGUGAGUUUAUUAUUUUACAACAUGCACUUGUAGCUAUAACAAUGCAUGCUUUCGGAUCACCAAAUCUGGUGUUGUCAUCCAUUGAAGUGUUUCGAUUUCCUUCCUUUCUUUAUGGGUAGGUCUUCCAGUGAUCAUGGUGGCCAUUUCACUUGGCAUCGCUGCUGGAAAAGAAGGGUUACAAAGCUAUACGAGUGAUAAAUAGUGAGGAAAUUCAACGGUUUCUUAAUUCUCUUCUUCUUUUGUUUCAUUUUAUUGCAUUCUUUCUUUUGUCUUUUUGUGUAUAGUUUGAAAUCGGUAUCAUUUCAUUCGCUGAAAAUUUGGCUUUCUUUCUUGUCUUUCACUUCUUCGAGUUUAGUUGCUGGCUUUCCUCGACUAACAACCUGACCUGGAUGUUCGCCGCCUUUGUGGCUUUCAUUGAAGUUGUGAGUUAAUGAUUCGUGUUGGUGAUUGUGAUUGGUAUACCUGGACUAAUUUCUGCCAAAAGACUUUUUUUCUCAGCUCUUUAAAAAAGCGGAUUAAACCUUUAACUCCCAGAAGUGAUCAACAUAAAACCUCUCCUUGUGAUAUCCUUACAUUAAACAGCAAACAGCUGAUGAGAAUAUUUAAACUUAUCAGGUAGAAGUUGUUGCCUUGAUCUAACACCAGAUUAUAGCUUCAAAUAUUCUCCAACUUUUACUACAUAGUGUAAAAAAAAAAUAGCUUCUCCACCCUCCAUGUUAAUUUUUCUAACACUGUUUCGCAUUGAUAUACCAAGAUGAGUUUUUCGCGCUAAAGUUACUCAUUUGAAAAAAUUAAUAAUGAUAAAAACAUUGAAAAAGAUAAAACGAGCAGGAAGAGUAGAAGAUAUUGAAUUUAUCUAAUUUAACAUGAGGCUUCACUUUGCAUAGUUCAUUUAGUUUAGACACUUUUGUUCGCGAUUUCUUUAGCUCAUUGUCAGAGCAUCCAAGCUCAUAAUCUAGGUACCCUAGCUGAGAGUUCUUUUCCCUGUAAAUGACUCUUCAUUCCACUCUCCUUACCAAACAAAUGACGUCUUUGGCAAGGAUCCUCUCCUGCCUUGGCUUUUUGACAACUAUUUCUAAAUAAUCAAUUUAUUUCUAUUGUAUUCUUCAGCUCAACAUCUUGAUACUCGUACGCGUUAUAAAAGAGAUCACCAAUUUGGUGCAGCCAAUAGCAGAAGACAACCAUUUUCAGCAAAUACGGUAAGAUUUACAUCAUAAAACUAAAACUAAAUAGUGGAAAAGAUUGUCAUGUGCUCCUGUGAGGCGAUAUUCGCCUAACCUCCUCAUUCCUUAAUCAGGAAGGCAUUCCGAUCUCUAACAAUUACAAUUUUUUGUCAAAAGAAAAAAAAAAGAAUGGUGUUUUUUUGGUUGUUUUUAACUCCUAGACUUGGCAUCAAAGCAUGCUUAGUGAUAAUUCCCCUACUGGGUGUCACGUGGCUAUUUGGUCUCCUUUCGCCAGUGCAUAAAGCUUUCGCCUACAUCUUCACCAUACUCAACUCUACUCAGGUGAGUGUUGAAUGGCUUCUCUCAAAAAUCAUUCAAUCUCGAUUAAACUUUUUAACCAGGCGAUACAACAUUACAAUUGUUACAUGAUAUUUAUUGGAGUUAUGAAAACAAAAAGCUGUUAAAUAUGUCAGAGAAAACAGAUUUCUUCCUCAUUUAUGGGUCACGCAAUUUUCUUUUCUUCUCAAAUUUCUCUUCAUACAUAUGUAAAUAUUAAAAUAUAUUUGCCUAGUUUAUUUAAAUAUUGUAAAAAGGAAUGUUUAUUCUGUAGGGUUUCCUGAUUUUCGCUCUACACUCCAUGCGAAACACUCAGGUAAGAAAAGAAAACUGUUUAUACACUAACUGCAUAUCAUCAAGUUGUAGUGUUUCAAUAAAUACCUGAGUACUAAGAACCAUAUUUCAUGUCGCUCAUCUAUCUGCAGAUCAAAGAACGAUUCAAAAGAAAGAUGAACAUCGUUUUUCUAUCUUCGAUAAAGGACACCUCCAUAAGGAAGAGCUCACAGGUCAAACCAAGUGAGAUAGACAUUGUAUGGACAGUUGAAUUGCAGUCUUGUGCUGAAUUUGAAUCGAAAUAUCGCACAACUUAGGUAACUGGAUCCAGCAAACUGGAAAUAAUAGUCAAUUACUUAGUACAAUCACUUAGUUAACAGCUAUUAGUCGGUUGUGAUCGGUCUGAGUUACGAUCUGCCGGUAAAGGUCAUUCUGUUUAUUAUUGUUUAAGCACUCAUGCAGUUGUAAAUGUCACCAGUCUUCUUCGUGAUUGUAAGUUAUAAGUUUAUUUUCUGAACGAUCGUAUAUUUGUAGGCAAAACUCAUCGAAAUAAACCAAUCUAAAAAUUAAAAUUUUUUAUGGCUCAGUCAGUUGAUGACUGCCCUUCAAAUAAGACUACAGAG